AGUAUAACUUUGUUGCUGUUUCCAUAAACUUCAGAAAAAUAUGCCGCAACUGCAAAUGUGGCCAGGAAGAGCAUGAUGUCCUCACAAGCAAUGAGGAAGACCGGAAAGUGGGGAAACUCUUUGAAGAUACAAAAUACACAACCCUUAUUGCAAAGCUGAAGAAUGAUGGCAUUCCCAUGUAUAAACGCAAUGUAAUGAUACUGACUAAUCCCGUGCAAGCCAAGAAGAACAUAUCCAUCAAUACUGUGACUUAUGAGUGGGCUCCUCCUGUUCAGAAUCAGACACUUGCUAGACAGUAUAUGCAGAUGCUACCAAAGGAGAAGCAGCCUGUUGCUGGCUCGGAAGGCGCGCAGUACAGGAAGAAGCAGUUGGCUAAGCAGCUGCCUGCUCACGAUCAGGAUCCUUCCAAAUGCCACGAGCUCUCUCCCAAUGAAGUUAAGCAGAUGGAACAAUUUGUGAAGAAGUACAAAAAUGAGGCACUUGGUGUAGGAGAUGUCAAGUUCCCAGGUGAGGUGGAAACAAGAGCUACUGACAAGAAUAACGUGAACAAUGGUGACAGAGGCACCUCAGCUGCUGUAGGAGCGAUGGAGGACAAGUCCCCAGAUCAGAAGGCAUCUCAGUAUUCCUGCUAUCGCUGCAAACUGAACAUGAAAGAAGGUGACCCAGCUGUCUAUGCAGAACGUGCUGGAUAUGACAAAUUGUGGCACCCAGCUUGUUUUGUCUGUUGCACCUGCAGUGAACUUCUAGUAGACAUGAUCUAUUUCUGGAAGAAUGGUAACCUGUACUGUGGGAGACAUUAUUGUGAUAGCGAAAAACCCCGCUGUGCUGGAUGUGAUGAGCUGAUAUUCAGCAAUGAAUAUACUCAAGCCGAAGGUCAAAACUGGCAUCUGAAACACUUCUGCUGUUUUGACUGUGACUGCGUUUUGGCUGGGGAAAUCUAUGUAAUGGUGAAUGACAAGCCAGUCUGCAAACCUUGCUACGUGAAGAACCAUGCUGCGAUCUGCCAAGGCUGUCAUAAUGCCAUAGAUCCAGAAGUUCAGCGUGUGACAUACAACAAUUUCAACUGGCAUGCUACACAGGAGUGCUUCUUGUGUUCCUGUUGCAGCAAGUGUCUAAUUGGUCAGAAGUUCAUGCCAGUGGAAGGGAUGGUCUUUUGCUCAGUGGAAUGUAAGAAAAAGAUGACGUCUUAAGAGAAGAUGUGCACAGAACCAGGCAUUGCUGUGUUCCAAAGGCUCUUGCAUUUCUACUGUAAAAUACAUAGUAUUGGGGCAUUUAAAGUUAUUGAAAGUAUUAAAUAGCAUUUUCCCAAAGAUUUUUUUUUUUUUUACUUACUAAUACCUGCUAUGUAAUCUUCAUUUCUUA